AUGACCCGAAGAAUCGCCAGCAUCCGACGAGAGACCAAGGAGACCAAAAUCCAGAUCGCCAUAAGCAUAGAUGGAGGAGCUCUCGAGCUGCCAGGCCCCACCAUGCUCCCCGAGGGAGCUGAUGUUUCUCACGCCUACCAGAAGACCGAUACCCAGCACAUUUCCGUGUGGACCGGCGUCGCCUUCUUCGACCACAUGCUGCACGCUCUGGCCAAGCACUCCGGCUGGUCUCUGCUAGUCGAGUGCAUCGGAGACGUCCAUGUGGACGACCAUCACACCGUGGAGGACACCGCUAUCGCACUUGGAGGCUGCUUCAAGGAGGCUCUGGGCCACCUGCGAGGCAUCAAACGAUACGGAUACGCAUAUGCCCCUCUUGACGAGGCACUAUCGCGAUGCGUUGUGGAUCUGUCCAACCGAGCAUACUGUGUGACUGAGCUUGGUCUCAAGCGGGAGCGAGUGGGCCAGCUGUCUUGUGAGAUGGUCCCCCACAUCUUUGAGUCUUUUGCUCACUCCGCUGCCAUCACCAUCCACGUCGACGUCAUCCGAGGUGCCAACGACCAUCACAGAAUCGAGUCUGCAUUCAAGGCCACUGCGCUGGCUCUGCGUAUGGCAUCCUCCAUCACAUUCGGAGACGAGGUUCCUUCCACAAAGGGUGUUCUUAGAUAA